GCGUGGUCUCCAGUGUCCUGUCAGUCGAUCGUGGGCGUCCGUCUCGUCGUCAUCGCCGCCGCCGUCGUCGUUGUCGCCGUAGUAGUAUCCUCGGCGGUCGCGUUCUACCCCGCGAAGAACGCGUGCUGUCGCGACACAAUCAACCGCGUUCACGGAGCACAUCGCGCAACUGCUCUCGUUCGGAGUCGACAACCGUGUCCGAAACCGCGGUCGAAACGGAAUAUCUUUGUACGGUUUAAUAUUUUUUCGUACCAAACGCAUUUAUUAUUUGUUGUUAGCGAGAGAGUGAGUGAGAGAGCGCGCGCAAGCGUGGGUGUGUGUGGGUGUGUAUGCAUUUUAGUUCGCUCGUUGGUUCGUGUGCCGCCGUUCUUGUUGUCGUAGCGAGGCGUUUUUGCCAGUGUUUCGUGUAACGAAAAGUGAGUAACAGAAAAAUAAAAAAUACGAUCGGAAGAAAAAAAAACAGAUCUCAAUCGACUUUAAGAGUGCUGCCGUCAACACGUGACCGUCCCAAUCAGGAGCGUCAUCAUCCGCAUUACUGAUAUCAAUCUAAUCACUGAAUGAAAAUUCAUUGUAUUUUCCAACGGAUUGCAAAAGAAUUGUAAAAAAUAACGCAUCCAGCUACCAAUUUAAACUAACAGAUAUGGUUCAAAAAUUUAAAAAAGAUCAAUUGACAUUUGUUUAUUUGAUAUAAAGCUCUACUCGAUUUAAAAUUCAAACUAAGGAAACGUGAAAUGGUACUCAGGUGAUGGACAAACGGUUCGCUAUGAUUCCAUUUGCACUUUCCUGCAAGUCAUUAUUUUAUUGGUUCUGCUGUUUUCUUAUAGUCAUCAUAGUUCGACCAGCUGACACAAAAGAAUGUCGUUCGGCUCUUGGAAUGGAAUUUAGCAAAAUUCCCGACCACAAGAUCACAGCUAGUUCUUCGUACGAAGUAAAAUCAGUUGGACCGCAGAAUGCUAGAAUCCGUCAAGAGAAGAACGGUGGUGCGUGGUGCCCGAAAGCGCAGAUCAGCAGUGAAGUUCGGGAAUACCUGGAGAUCGAUUUGGAUGAAGACCAUUUGAUCACGUGGACCGAAACCCAAGGGAGAUGGGGCAACGGCCAGGGACAGGAGUUCACCGAGGCCUUUACCGUGGAGUACUGGAGAAAGUCCAUCGGCCGAUGGGUGGAAUACAAGGACUCAAGGGAUAACAAAGUACUGCCGGGCAAUGUAAAUACCUAUUUGUCUGUCAAUCAAGAAUUUGAACUACCAUUCGUGGCGAGUAGAAUACGUUUUGUGCCCUUCAGUGCUCAUCCUAGAACCGUUUGUAUGCGGGUCGAAAUAUACGGAUGUCCGUGGGAACAGAGCGUAGUGAACUACAUCGCGCCCAGAGCUGACACCGAAUUUGAAGACGUCAGUUACGAUGGAGACUUGGGACGAUCAUUCAUGACAGGUGGUCUGGGAAUGCUAACAGAUAGCUUGUAUGGAGCCGAUGAUUUUUUGCAGUUUGAUUUGCAAUUCCAUAAGCCUCUCAGUAAAAGAUGGGUCGGCUGGUCGAACGAUUCCACUGGUAAUAAGUUAGACUUGGUUUUCGAAUUCAACGGAUUCCGAAUGUUCAAAGAAGUCAAAAUACACACCAGUCAUAUACCGACCAGAGACGUCAAAGUGUUUAGCAUGGCGUUGAUUUACGUCAGCUUGGACGGGGACAAAUGGCAAGAAUGGCCGAUAAAGUUGAGCACAAAGUCGGAGGCCAUUAAGGACACCGCUGUAAACAUAACCAUCAAUCUGAAGAGUCGGGUGGGUCGGUAUAUCAAGAUAUGUCUCUAUUUUUCUGCUCGAUGGAUACUCAUCAGUGAGGUCUCGUUUGAGUCCGAAUUGGUGGCCGCUAAUAUAACCGAGAGAUUGUUAUCACAAUAUUACACACAAAAGGAAACUGGAUACGAACUCCGCCAGAGUGGCGAUACAACGCAUGCAAGGAAAGAAGUCACCACAGGACCUAGUCCUGGUAACAGCACACAAACGUACGUUGGCCUAGUGACCGGAUCGCUGGCCAUGACCGUGCUGCUGGUGGCUGGUGUAGUGGUUGGUCUAGCGCUAAAACGUGGUCGACAAAAAGUUGCACUGCUCCAGUUUAAACAAGCCACGCUAGGAGCACCCAAACAGCAGUCGAUCAACAUGAAGCAUUUGAAUAUGUCCAAGGCCGCCGUAGGAUCGUCAUCACUAUACGGCCGCUCAGGUGGCAUUAUCGGUGGCGGAGUUAGUGGUGGUGGUGUUGGCGGUGGUCACGUCGGCCACGAGUCCGAGGACAGUGACAACUCUUCGGUGUACCACGAGCCUUACAAGCGACUGCCGUCAGUCAAAAACCACGACUACGUGCCCACCACGUUUCUGUUUAAGAAAGACGUGUCAGCGUUGACCACCAGUAAAAGUAGCGAAUACACGGACUUUACAAGUGUCGGUAGUUUCGGGCAGGAUGAAGUCAAGUACUCCUCCCCGUCUAUGUACACUCUGAACCCACCACCCCCACCCAGUACUAGACCACCGCCACUUUUGCAGUCCGAACAGCUGAACAAAUCACUGCCAGCCAACCUGCACAACUAUUACGCGGCUAUCGACAUAAUCAAAACGGAACGCAAAGAGCAGCAUUUCACACCGGGUAAAUUCACGUGCAUGAAGCUGCCGGAAGACAAACAGGAAGAAUGCAGCCAAACGUCACUGUACGAGAUAUCUCGGAACAGGCUGCGAGUGAUUGAAAAACUGGGUGAAGGCAAUUUCGGAAUGAUCCACUUAUGCGAAACGGAUGGGAUACCCGAAUACAAUGCCACGUCUACGUUCCACAAAAGACAAGUGAUCGUCAAAUCGCUUCGGCGCGGCUGCGGCGAACAAAACAAACAAGAGGUAAUAAGAGAGACCAAGUAUUUAUACACAGUUCGGGAUCCCAAUUUGGCACGAAUCGUGGGUGUCUGUAGUCCAGACGAGCCUUUAUGUAUUAUACAGGAAUAUUGCGAAUUUGGUGACUUACCGAGUUUUCUAAAGUUACAAACCACUGAAUCCACGGAAGCUCAUCCGACAAUCAAUUAUGGUUGCUUGCUGUACUUUGCUACUCAGAUUGCAUCAGGCAUGAAACAUUUAGAAGGUAAAGGAAUCGUUCACAGGGAUUUGGCUGCAAGAAAUUGCUUAGUAGGCAAAAACUAUUCGUUAAAGAUUUCCGAUCACGCGUUAUACUGUAGUCAAUAUGACUCAGAUUAUUACAUUAGCGAUACCAAAUCCAGACUACCAAUUAGAUGGAUGUCAUGGGAGAGUUUACUACUGGGCAAGUAUACGUCAAAGAGCGACGUCUGGUCAUUCGCAGUCACUCUGUGGGAGAUACUGAUGUUUUGCAGUCACCAGCCUCUGGCGGAGAUGACCAACGAACAGGUGGUGGAAAACGCUAACCACAUGUACCUGGCUAAUAGCAAACACAGGUACGUGGAACCGCCACCCAGCUGUCCUCGCGAAAUGUACGAUAUCAUGGCCGAGUGCUGGAAGCGCAGCGACUCGGAUAGGCCAAAGUUCUCGGAAAUACAUCUGUUUCUGCAACGUAAAAAUCUCGGUUACAUCCCGGUAAUAUAAUGAUGACAAUGAUGAUAUGGACAAUGGUUAUGUCAUUAUGUGUAAGUAGUGUGUACACGCAGCCGAAAAAAAAUAAAUAUACACUGUUCCUUCUAUCCCGGUUUCUAUCGAUCCCUCUUUCCAGGACUAUUUUGUUACCUAUAUAAUAUAAUCGUAUAUAUAUUUACAUAAAUAUAUAUAUAUAUACUUAAUGUCUUAAUGUUCAUAUUCAUGAACGCAGAAAAUAAGUGCAUAACAAUACACUACAUUAUAAUAUUUCAUAAGACUGCAUUAAUAUACUAAUCACGCGUAAUUUAAUCCCAUUCACCGCCCAUGUUUGGUGUCCGAACUCGGUAAUUGGUGGUCACCUAAUACGCGUCAAGUGACCGAUGUAUUAUAUGGUGAAUUGAAACGGGAUCGAGUUCAUUUGUUCCAACUUGUUCCUAACCAAACCUAACCAGCAACUGUUAUAGUGCGUACUGCGUGUGUAGGUGAUGUUGUUUUGAUGAUAUACUUAAUACAGUUUCAAAUAAAAAUACGCUAAAACAUAUUUUAUAUCCCCUAUGGUCAAAGUUGCUCAUAAUCGAACGAUAUUCAAUGUAUUUUUUUCAAAAAUCGAUUUAUUUUCCAAACGAUUCCCGAUGAAGAUUUUCCAACAUAAAUCUACUAUAAUGACAAAGACCUAACUUAACCACAACAUUCUAACAGUCUAACACACUAUGUCUUCCAAAAGUGUUAAUAUACGAGUAUUAUAAUGAAGCGAAAGUCGUGGAAAUUGAUUUAUAAAACCUAGUUGGUAAAUAGUUAUUCCUAGGAAAAAAAAAUUAAUUUAAAAACUACUUCUUCUGUGACUCAUAAACUUGUAUACCUUCUUACUUAAAUAUAUAUAAGUAUACAAUUUUGAAUUCAUUUUCUUUGUAAAUACUUUUGUAUAAGAUUGAGGAUAUUAUCCGAAAAUAUUAACGAUCGAACACACAAACACACGCACGCGCAAAUGAGUGUAAACAUUUCUUAUGAGUAUAAAUAUAUUAUAUUAUUUUUAUUUAAUUUAAUUUUUAUUUUUGUUUAA